CCGCCGAGAGGAAGAGGACAGCCAAUCGUGAAGCGGAGAGCUUUCCGGAAGUAGACGCGCAUCCUGUGACGUCGGCACGGGGACCGUGAAGCGUUUCUCGCCUUUUAAUAAAUAUAAUUACUUUACAGAAAAUUAUUGUUUUUGCUUCGCAAGCUCAAACACUCUUUCAAACGGCAACAGCUUUGAGUAAUGAUAUUUAAUAAUGUUAGUUUUUUUUUUGACGUCGUCGCUAGAUGGUGUCGCGCACGCGAAAAAAAACAGAGAAAAGUAGCGGCUGACGCAGUUUCAAAAUGUCGUCCCAUCGCAACGUCUGCGUUGGUUCUCGGGUGUCGGAUCGUCAAAAGGAGCUUCUGCUGGCUUUUGUGAAAGAGCACCCACAGAUCGCGACGCUGUCGUGCCCGCUGGAGCCGUCGUUCACGAGGGAGGACCGGGACGACAUGUGGCAGGAGCUGGUAGCGCUUUUGAACGAAGUCCCUGCGCGUAACACCACAGCCUUGCCAAACUCCGAGAGCAGCAGAGCGGCACCGGAGGCGGCCAGAUUACGGGUUACCGCGGCCGCGUCGUGCUUGACAGGGACCGUGCGGGUCGACAGUACGCGAGGCCCAAAGUUCGGGUGA